GGUAAUCCGCUAAUUGAAAGAAAGAUGCGGCAGGCAGGACUGCAGGAGCAGGAGUAGUUAUUCGCAGAAAAUUGGAAUAUAUCGCUCGCAGGAUGACCAACAGAACGUCUUAUUUCUAUGACCCAGAUGUGGGCAACUUCCACUAUGGUACCGGCCACCCCAUGAAGCCCCACCGCUUGUCUCUCACUCACAGCCUGGUGCUGCACUACGGACUGUACAAGAAAAUGAUGGUGUUCAAACCCUACAAAGCCUCACAGCACGACAUGUGCCGGUUCCACUCUGAAGACUACAUAGACUUCCUGCAGAAGGUCAGCCCCAACAACAUGCAGGGCUUCACCAAGAGCCUCAACGCCUUCAACGUGGGAGACGACUGCCCUGUGUUUCCGGGACUGUUUGAGUUCUGUUCAAGGUACACAGGCGCAUCUUUACAGGGAGCCACGCAGCUCAACCAUAAGAUCUGUGACAUCGCCAUCAACUGGGCCGGAGGUCUGCAUCACGCCAAGAAGUUCGAGGCGUCCGGGUUCUGCUACGUCAACGACAUCGUCAUCAGUAUCCUGGAGCUCCUUAAGUACCACCCUCGGGUGCUGUACAUUGACAUAGACAUCCACCACGGCGACGGUGUCCAGGAAGCCUUUUACUUGACGGACCGUGUCAUGACCGUGUCCUUCCACAAAUACGGGAACUACUUUUUCCCAGGGACAGGCGACAUGUACGAGGUGGGAGCCGAGAGCGGCCGGUACUACUGCCUCAACGUGCCUCUCAGAGACGGCAUUGACGACCAGAGCUACAGACAGCUAUUCCAGCCGGUUAUCAAGCAGGUGGUGGACUUCUACCAGCCCACCUGCAUCGUCCUGCAGUGUGGGGCCGACUCUCUGGGCUGCGACCGGCUGGGCUGCUUCAACCUCAGCAUCCGAGGACACGGAGAGUGUGUGGAGUUUGUGAAAAGUUUUAAGAUUCCCCUGUUGGUUCUGGGAGGAGGAGGAUACACAGUGAGGAACGUGGCUCGCUGCUGGACCUACGAGACGUCUCUGCUGGUGGACGAGUCCAUCAGUGACGAGCUGCCUUAUAGUGAGUACUUUGAGUACUUUUCUCCAGACUUCACGCUGCAUCCUGACGUCAGCACCAGGAUAGAGAACCAGAACUCCAGACAGUACCUGGAGCAGAUCCGACAGACGGUGUUCGAGAACUUGAAGAUGCUGAACCACGCGCCCAGCGUCCAGAUCCACGACGUUCCGUCCGACAUGCUGAGCUACGAGCGCAACGACGAGCCCGAUCCCGACGAAAGGGGGGGCGAGGAGAACUACACCAGGCCAGAAGCAGCCAAUGAGUUCUACGAUGGCGACCACGACAACGAUAAAGAGAGCGACGUCGAAAUCUGAGCCCAGCGUCACCACGGGAGAUUGAUGACUCCAAAAACAGAUCCUGAGGAGCUCUACGAGGACGAGUAUGAAGAAGCUGAAGGGACUAAUAGGAGAGGCUUUUUUUUGUUUUGUUUUUUAAGAUGGACACUGGAACAUUUUUCUGUAUGUGCACGUCCACUUUUACUCACGUCCAUUUCCUGCCCAUAUUGUGAUUUUAAGGUUUUUUAAAGAGCAGACGACUACAACGAGGUAAGAAAAAGCAAACCCCCACAGAUUCUGGCUUUAAGAGCAGCUAGGUGGAUUCAGACAAAGAGAAGCAGUUUUUCACUGCGACUAUGAAACCUUCUAAUGCGAGAGGUUGUUCCAAGUGCCUGCCAGGACGCACCCAUCUCACACCAGCCAGUUCAGGUGGUUUUAAAAUCAUCCAACUUCUACCUUUUGGAUACCUUGUUUAACUCCUGGCAUUACUCAUCUGAAAACUGCCCAGAAAGGCACUGAUGGAGGGCUGCACACUUAACUCCUUCUUUGUGAUGAACUUGCUCCUCUUCAUCCCUUUUCUUUGACUCAUUUGUGGACAAGCUGUGGGAGUUCUGUAGAAGAGGACAAAAACUUAUCACAGAGAAGUCAUAUUAGCAAGAGUAAACUCUUUGCGGCGUCUGCUGUCCUCAUCUAGCCAAAAAAAGAUUUUGUGAUUUUUUUUUUUGAUAGUUUGUUUUUUUUUAUAAUUAAAAAUCGUGAAAAAUACACAUCUGCUUUUGUCCUCUUCUACACCACCAGAGGGAGACAUAAAGAGACAAUCAAGUC